GAGAGAGAGAGAGAGAGAGAGAGAGAGGCAGAAGGAGGAGGAGGAGGUUGAGUCAGGUAGCUCAGGUGAGACCCAGGUGAAGGUUGUCAGCAGCUUCUCUGUACUCGUCUGUGAGCAGUUGGUCUUGGUGUAUUAUGGUUUUGAUGUUUAGACUCUAUUGCGGUGCCCCAACAUGGCGUGGACGCUCUGUGUGUGGUUAAUGAUGCUGUUUCCUUCCUUUACCAGAGGACACAACACACUACGUGAAGGAUACACCCUCGUACCAUCGGGUUACCAUGUGUGUCCCGGGAUCGAGAUCGUUCCCAUGACAUUUGUGACCUCCUUAAAAAGCGCAUACACAGAGAUGACAGCGUGUGGCGGAUGGCUGCCAUGGAAAAUGUGUAACGUCACGCGCUACAGCACCGUGUACCAGAUUCAGGUCAACAACUCGGAGAAACAGGUGGUGAAGUGCUGCGCAGGAUACGAGCAAGUGGGAAGUUACUGUGCUCUGGACCUCAACAGGAGUUCAGAGUUCACAGCUAAACCUGGAGUUUGUCCUGUACAUCCAGUCUCAGGAUCAGGUUCAGGAUCAGGGUGUCACCUGGACACGGACUGUCCUAGUCUACAGAAAUGCUGCUCUAUGGAGAACCAGAUGUUCUGUGUGGAGCCUCAGACUCACGUGAACAUGAGGUCGUGGCUGAACGUGACAGUGACGGUGAAAUCAGAGUUCAGUUUGGUGAACACAAGCAGAGGAAUCUUCAACCACACACGCCUGCUGCACUCUGUGGUGACAGGAGCUCUGAGCUCUCCUCAGAUCUCAGUAUAUCACACACACUCAUGGUCUUCAGGAAGGUUUAGUACGUCCUCAUGUCUUCUGCUCGGCUCAUCUCAGCUCCUGUCCUUCACCAACAUCUCUGACACACUUCUGCAGCUGCCGGAGAACAUAGAGGAGGUGACGGCUGUGGACGUCAUGGAUGUGGAUGAGUGUGCCACGCCCAUCCUGAGUGAGUGCUCUCCUCUGGCUCACUGCAGUAACACCCUGAGCUCCUAUAACUGUAUGUGUGCUGCUGGAUCUGCAGAUCUUCAGCCCAGCAGGCCAGGAACACAGUGUAUGAGUAUUCCGAAGAUCAUCAACCUCUGGGCGAAAAAUGUUACCAGCUCCUCCUUCAAACUUUUGUGGGACGUUCCCUCUCAGAUCAACACCACAUCAAACCUCACCCUCUUCCAAGGGACUCAGCAGCUGGACACCAGGGUAACAUCGCUCUCCAAUUGGACAUGGACCAACCUUCAGCCUGGGGUUCUGUACACUGUUAAAGUAGCCCUGUGUAUGUGUAGUUACUGUGGAGAUUCCACUGAGCUGAAAGUAAAGACAGAUGCACAGACUCUUGAAGCUGUUGCCAGAAUAACCAACAUAAACUUCACCCAAGCUCUGCUGAACCCCAACAGUGAGGAGUUCAAGACGUUAAGUGAAAAAAUCAGGAAUGAGACCUUCUUUUAUAUUCCCUCCUGGAUCAUGGACCUGGUUCUCUCUGGCAAGGUGACGAUAAUCAUCAAACAUCUGUCUCCGGGCAGCGUUGUGGUUACGUUCUCUUUUGUGUUCCUUCCUGACAGCAUGAUGGACAUCUACAGCAUCAGCAAAGCUGUGAUGGAGUCCCUGCAGAACAGCACGCAGUUCAAACUCGAGAUGAACAGCACCAUGAUCACCGAUGUAGAUGAGUGCAGUCUGGGCCAGGACGAUUGUUCCCCGUGGGCCGAAUGUGUGAACAAUUUCGGUUUCUACACCUGCGUAUGUCACCAUGGUUACACUGAUGCAAGCCCUGAGAGGCCGGGACGCACCUGUGAAGUCAACAACGAGACGGCUUCCACAUCUUCUCCAGACACAACAAUCAUCUCUACAACAAACAACAUCCAAAACACCACCAAAUCCGUUCCCACCACUAAUCAAACCACAACCCCAUUUUCACCAUCUACAUCCAUAAGCUCCACAUCUGCAUCACACAGCACCAGUGUAACUGACAGCUUCUCAAUAGCAGAACCCUCUGUCAACAAAACCAUUCAUUUACCAACCACACCAUCCAACACUUCGUCUUCUACACUACCAUCUGACACUUCCACACCCCAUAGCACUGAAACAACAGCUUCCUUCACCUCUCAUACCACCACCACCACCACCACCACCACCACCACCACCUCCACCGCCUCCACCGCCUCCACCACCUCCACCACACCCAUCAUCAUUCAGACCGAGUCUAUUAUGGUGGAGUGCGGUGCCGGUUUCAUGGUCGUAUCUGUAACAAAAAGUUUCCUGGACCUGAAGCACAUCUCAGAGUCAUCGCUGUACCUGGGUGUUCCCAGCUGUAACCAGACGGAGGGGAACAAAACCCACGUCAUGCUCCUGGUGGUCUGGGGAACAUGUGGAACUCAACUGCGGAACAACAGCCAGAACAGCACAGUGCAGGUGACCCUCCAUAGCACGGACUCUCGGCUGCAGGUUCCUGUCAUCUGCACCUACAUCAACAGUUUCAUCAUCUCUGCGGGAUACAGUUCCUCCGGGUUCGAUACUAUUAAUAAUGUGGUGGAGGGAUCUGGGAUGUACCACGUGACUGUGCGGUUGUUGAAUGGGACGUACCCUCUACCUCAGAACUACACCCUGUCCCCUGAUGAUGAGGUCAUCAUUGAGGUGGGGCUGAGCUCCAACAUGACACAGAUCAAAGUGGUCAUUAAUAAAUGCUGGGCAAAUCCCAGUUACAACCCAACUGAGCUGCCACACAACAUCUUCUUUGAAAACAGUUGCCCCGUCCUGGACAGAUACACGACGGUGGUGCAGAACGGUGAAUCCACUCGCUCCAUGUUGGCUGUAAAUCUUUACCGUCUUGUUGAAUUUGAAGUUAUUUACCUGCACUGUCAGAUUCAGAUCUGCAUUGAGACGUUUACAGCCACGUGCCGCCCUGAAUGUUACACAGCUGCCAGACUGGCGAGAACCUCCAGAGGUGCUAAUGUGAUUGGGAUGGCUAAAGCCUCAUACGGUCCUCUAAUAAAGUCACAUCUGGAGAGCCAGCAGGAUUCAGCAUGGAACAUGCGCACUAUCGGCUUCAUCCUCCUGGCGUUGGGAGUGUGUGUGUUGGUGCUUGGAGCCGUGGCUGUGCUGAUGUUCUGCAGACGCAGGAUGGGGAACUACAGCUUCCAGUUCAAAGCACGGGAGGAGAACUUCACCUACCACGUGUUCAACACCUGAACACCUCCAGGCUCCAUCAUUGCUCUUAAACACUCUGAACUUUAGUUUACAUUAAAAUCUAUAACAUUAUCACAUUACAUUUAUGAACAAUUCAUUCAAUAAAUUCUUCUUUAUUAUGAUGCUUUAAUAGAAUUAUAUAUAUUUUGUAUAUUAAUUGGAUUUGGAGAUGAAUAGCGAACUGUACAAUUCACUCAGGA